UGUUGAAUAUCCCACUAGGUAGUGGAAGACUCCGGAAAUUGUGACUCAUUUCGCUGAUUGUCCACCACCCGACAAUCCCUAUAUAAGGGCGACCCUGUGGUAGAUAGAGGGCGAUUGCCAUCAUCGAUCGAUUCUUCCAUCAAGAUUGAAAAUCAUUCCGUCCAUUCGUUUGUUACCACAAAAUGCCGGUCCAAGACAUUCCUGAAAUCCUGCUUCUCUGCAUGGAGGACAAGCACAGCACGGCAUUCAAAGAAGCGCUGCCAAAGUUCUGGCCUUCCUUCCGAUCUGACUCCAAGAUCACCAUUACCACUCUAAAUGAGCGCCUGGCCGCGGUCCCGCGAUCCUUGUCUUACCAGCUGGUCGUCUCGCCAGCCAACUCUUACGGCCGCCUAGACGGCGCCUUUGACGAUGCCAUCUCGCGAGCCUUCUGUCUCCCAGACCAUCCUUACGACACUUUGACCGACGCCGCGCAACAGGUUCUUUAUGAUAAAUACAGGGGCUUCGCGCCCCCUGGGACAUGCACUCUAGUCCCAUUUCCAUCUGAGCUUCAUGGAAAAAAUCCCUGGGGCUGCAAAUGGGUGGCCAUCUGUCCCACCAUGCGCACGCCGCAAAAUGUCACGUGGGACCGCGAAAUCGUCUACGAAUGCGUCUGGAGUUUGCUGUGUGAGGUGGAGCGAUGGAACCAGAAUGUGCGAGAGGGAAAAACACAUGGCGAGCGCAUCAAUCGCAUUCUCAUGACUCCGAUGGCAACAGGGUGUGGACAAGUCAGCCCGAAGAAAUGGGCCGCGCAGUUGGUGUUGGCGAUGAAGUAUUUUGUUGACGCGGUGGAGAAGCCGCAGCGGUGGAGCAAGUUGGACUGGGGUAAUGUUUAUGAUGACAUAGAGGAGAUCAAGCAGACGUGGAAUCUGGGCUGGUAGUAGUGGUUCCUGGGCUAUUG